AUAUAUAUAAAAGGAAAAAUAACACAGGUUUCUCCUCUUCUAGGCAAUGGCAAAGAAUUCGUGUGGUUCUCUGGGAACCAUGGAGGAGGUCGAGAGGGUGUUCAACAGGUUCGAUAAGAACGGCGACGGCAAGAUCUCAGCCGAAGAGUUCGGCGAGGUGCUCCAGGCACUCGGCUCCACCACGUCUCCGGACGAGCUUACGCGCAUAAUGUCGGAGAUCGACACCGACGGUGACGGCUUCAUUGACCUCAAGGAGUUCGCCGACUUCCACCGCGCUACCGACAGCAACGGAGGCCUUACGGAGCUCCGUGACGCCUUCGACAUGUACGAUCGCGACAAGAACGGCCUGAUAUCCGCGAGUGAGUUGCACGCGGUGUUCAAGAGCCUGGGCGAGAAGGUCACCCUCAAGGAUUGCUCUCGAAUGAUCAGCUCCGUCGACGCCGACGGCGAUGGUUGCGUCAAUUUCGAGGAGUUCAAGAAGAUGAUGACUCGUUCUUAAUCCGUGUUCGGAUCUCACAACAUUGACAUUUCAUUCAAAAAAUCACCAGGAAUCGGUGGAAUCAGCAAAAGUAUUAGCAAAAUUAGGGUUACGAAAUUAUGUUUAGGUUAGAUAUAACAAUGUGAAAAACUGGUUGAUUUUGACUAUAAAAGUCAUUAAUUGCGCGAUUCAACGUCGUCAACUGCCUUCACGGAAAAGCAAUGCGAUGAGGAGGACAGUUACUUGCUUUACGCGUGCUCCGCUAUGCACGAAAUCAUGCUGUUUACUUUUUCUAUCAGACUAAACGUCCUGGGAUCUUUUAUAUCUUUUGUUCGUCAACACGUCUUUCUAUUCCUAGAGCUCCAACUUUAUUGGCACGAUAAAGGUGCUUUGACCACGUUGACCCUUAUAUAUACAUAUAUCAGAGUGUAAUGUGGGGCCCCUUUCCAUUCUUAAAGCUCUCCAACUUUAUUGGCA